AUGGGAGGAGAUGGGAGGAACUGCAAGAAGAUGGAUGGAGCGAUUGAACGAUCCGGGGCACACAAAGAGAAACAAGACAGACAAGACAGACGGACGGUCACUACCAGACUUCUCCUCGCGGCGACAAGCACGGAGCCAAGCCCAGCGCCUGCCCUCUCGCAGCGGCAGCAGCAGCAGCAGCAGCAGCGGCUCCAAUAA